AUUUCUCUAAUUUAUUUAGCCUUUCUCCCCCUCUGUUUCCCCAGCACUUGAAACAUCAAGAGGGCGACAGGGCCUGCCCCUUAUGGCGCCAUCCCUGACUAAUAAAAAAAACCCUAUCAUUUUACAAUCAUACCGGAACAAGACAGAAGCUAGCUCACAUUCUAACAUAUUUUUCUGGUGAAUAAACAAGGUAAUGUGAAUUUUCUCCUAUUGAAAAUUGAUUGAAACAGAGGGAUUUUCAAAAAGCAAUAGAAAUCCAGUUGAUUGAAUCUUCAAAAUGGCUUUGAAUGAGGAAGUUAUUCUCAUCGUCUUGGCUCUCGCCCUUUGUCCCUACGUUUCGAAAGCGACGAUGAUCGACUCGGUUUGCUACGACGAUGUCGAAUCCCUGCACGAGGUCGAAAUAACGGAAAGUCUAUCGCUGGGUGACUACCGCGGCAAAGUCGUGUUGGUAGUCAAUACGGCUUCGUUCUGUACUUACACACACCAGUAUCCACUCUUCAAUACACUACAGGAUCGAUUCGGCGAUGAGCUAGCAAUCUUAGGGUUCCCUUGCAAUCAAUUCGGCCUUCAGGAGCCUGGUGUGGGUGAGGAGAUCCCCAACACCCUCCGGUACGUGCGACCAGGAGGAGACUACAAACCGAACUUCUAUCUCAACGAGGAGAAGAUUGAUGUGAACGGACCCAAUGCUCAUCCACUUUUCACUAAGCUAAAGAAUUCUUGCCCACCGGUAAAAAGGGAGCUCGGUGAUCCAUCCAGUCUCUACUGGUCUCCAAUGGUUGUCGGUGAUAUCACCUGGAACUUCAACAAGUUCCUCCUCGACAAGACAGGUGUUCCCUUUAAGCGUUACGAUUCCGCCGUCGAACCCGAAGAGAUCGUGGGCGAUAUCCGACUUAUUCUGGACGAUUAUCGAACGGUCGAGCGCCCUUCACGUCCAAAAUAUUACAGUGAUGAGAUGUAAACCUGAUUCGGCUGAACCAAAAGAGGGGGCCUAAAAUUCUUUUACUUCCCACCCUCCUCCUCCUUCUCCCUUUUCUCCUUCUGCUUCUUUUUGAUCCUCCUUCUCCUCUUCCUCCUCUUCUUCUUCCAAAUUUAUUUUCUUAAUGUUUUGCAAGCUCUACUACAUUGUCUUCAUCUAUUAAUCAUCGAUCUGUCUGUUAUUAGGGUGAGGGUAACACCCCCUCCCCUCAUUUUGAGAGCUGGGUGCAUCUUUCUCGAUCUGUUUAUCUGUUAAUCAGGCCCCUCCAUACAAUAGAAAAGGCAAUGGUCACUCACUUCAAGUCAUGUUCUAAAAUUUGCCAAAUCCCACAUUUCCCUAUAAGAUUAAGAUUCAAGUUCGGCUGAACUCGUGGCGUUGUUUUUUGACAAAAUAUCUGUAAUAAUUUUUCACUUGACAUGACAUAUUCAUAGAAGUGCAUGCUUUAGACAACUUGCAUGAAAGCGGGAUCAUUUUGCGUCUUCAUUCCGGCUUCAUUCAAAUACGUUGCCAAGAAUGUCUAAUUCAAUCAAGAAUGGUUUUCAGGAGUCUGGGCAUCACGAAUGUUGACAAGUGACGAAAAUAGAAAGCUCAUGCUCGAUCGUGGCCAUGCCAGGUAUGUGUCCUGUUACUCACGAUUCCUACUUCAUGGAAAUAGACUGCAUGUUAUGACUUACAUUUCGGGUGGUAUUCAUGAAGCUGUUCGUAAAUUAAGAGCGACUUUAAGAACGACUGGUGAUCCCUUCUUUCGGUAA